UCGGCAAUCGAAUUCCGAGAGCACUGUAAAGAAGUCAGCAAGGAUGAGCUUGAUCUGAUUAUUAAAGCGGAACUGUUUUCCCAUCGUCGUUCAAGUGUUCAUACUCAAGCAAAGAAACACAAAACAAAAGAAAGAGAACGACCCUAUCAAGAAUUUUACUUCAAAGGAAAACGGGUAUGUAGAUUUACAUUCUGCUUUAUUCAUGGUAUAGAAAGGAAAAAGUUGCAGUCUAUUGCACACUCUCUUGAUGUCGAUGGACUCUCUCCCAGAGUUCAUGGCGGAACUGGUAAACCUCCAAAACAUGCACUGCGGUACCAGGAUUCUGUAAGGAUCAAGACAUUUUUGAUGAAAUUUGCCACGGACAAUGCCCUGCCACUGCCCGGUAGACUUCCAAAUUACAAGAAUCAUCAAGUUCUUUUGUUACCAUCGGACAAAUCAACUGUAGACAUUUAUGAAGAAUAUGAAAGCCUUGCAAAAGUAAUGAAAUACCGAAGCAUAAGUCUGCGAACAUUUCAAAGACAAUGGCAGGAACUGUGUCCAAAUAUAGUUAUUACAAAACCUUGUACUGAUUUGUGUCAAAAAUGUCAGGACUUCGCAAAUAGAAUUUCGAAAAGUGGUAAUCUUGCUGAGGAAGAGAAGGAGCAAUUGCUUGCGGAGUAUAACAGUCAUGUACAACUUGCCAAAGAACAAAGGGACUAUUAUCGUGAGCAGGUUAAACUGGCUAAACAGAAUUACCUGGAAUUGCCAAUUGCUCUUCAAGAUUCAGGUAACCCACCACAGUCAGUUCAAACCACCUUGCACUACUCCUGGGAUUUUGCUCAACAGGUGCAUAUUCCACACCAUGCUCAACAAGUGGGGCCGAUUUACUUUAAAACCCCUCGUAAAUGCCAUGUGUUUGGUAUCUGCUCUGAAGGAUCAGGAAAACAGACCUUUUAUCUAAUUGAUGAAGCAUCUAAUCCUGGGAAAGGAGCUAAUAGUGUUACAAGCAUGGUGCACCAUUACUUUGAUAAGUUUGGGCAUGGAGAAACAGAUAUCAAGGUUCACUUUGAUAACUGUACAGGACAAAAUAAAAACAAUGUUGUGUUAUGGUAUGGCCUUUGGAGGGUGUUGACAGGGCUACACAGAACCAUAGAAUACUCGAUGAUGGUAGCUGGUCACACAAAAUUUGAGCCAGACUGGCAUUUCGGUGUUUGGAAGGUGCACUGGAGAAACACUUAUGCUGAAACAAUAUCACAGGUGGCAGAAUCCGUCAGGACUUCCAGUAGAAGUGGUCAUAAUAUACCACAGGUUGUAGGUGAUGGUGAAGAUCCUGUCUUGUUUUAUGAAUGGAAGAAUUAUUUACAAGUGUACUUUAAACCUCUGAAGUACCUAACCCGCUACCACCAUUUCUUCAUGGAUUCGGAGAAUCCAGGAAUCAUUACAUGUCGGGAAAAUGCUUCCUCUGAGCCUGUCACCUUCAUGUUACUGAAAAGCAAAAGCAAAGUUCCGAAUCCAGGUGUUCUUCCUUCUCCAUCAGUCAUCAAAGGCCUUGAACCUGCCCGACAAUGGUACCUUUAUGACCACAUCAGAGAGCAUUGUUAUUCAGAGACAGCAAAAGAAUGCAUAUGUCCAAAACCUACUGUUCCCAAAAAAGAAAUAGACUUAACAGAAUGCUGUGAAGAAUAUAAACCAAAGGGUGGUAGAAAAAAAGCUUUACUAAAUUUAGCUUGUAAUUCACUGAGUGUGAAUUCUGUACAUGUUUUAACAUGUGUGAACAAUAUCUAAAAUGUAAGGUAUUUUAUUAAAGCAUGUUUGCUUCACUUGAAGUUUAUUGGACAGAUUGACAUGUUCUCUGGUUAAUUCUGUACAUGUUUUUUAACAUGUGAUUUGUACAUGUUUCAACUUUUUUUAUCGAAGCAUUUAUGUUUUUUAGUGUUGGAAAGUUGUGAUUGAUUGUUUCAUAUAUUACCUGGUUAAUUCCGAUUCUCUAUAUGACUGUAUGAACUUUAUCAUGCACAUGUGAAUAACACUGUUUGAUCAGUGUGUGUAUGGUGGUUUGUUUAAAGCAAGGCAAGUUAUGAUUCACUGAUGGUAAUUUCUUUAAUGUGUAAUUGUCAAUGCGAAUUUACAUGUUUUAUUCAAACAAAUGCUCUAAGUAAAAGUUGCAAUGUAUAGCUGUAACAUGAAAAAUUUUCUAUUCAUUUUACCCUGUAACUCUUUCAUGAUUAUCUGCCAAUAUGUGAUUAUCCAUAUAUUUUAGUUUGCUUAUUGCUUUAUGCUUUGCAUAAAUUACUUACUUUCAUGCUUUACUGUUAAAGUGAUAUAGUUAUAUGUACCACCAGAUCAUCAUCUUUAAGUACAUUGUACACAAGUCUAUAUGUACAUGUUUAUUUAUCAUUUUGUUUUAGCAUGUUCUUAUAAAGUGUACUUCGCAAUGAGAUGGGCAUUUUUUUUCUCAGGAAGUUUAUUGUAUUUAUUUUCUCAGUUGUUUAAGAAAGCUCUUAGUACUGCACACUAAACACUACUAAAUCUCAUGGCAGUUUUAUCGCAACUUAGAGUGAUUUGCCCUUAGAUGUAAGAUAGAAUAGACUAAAAUCUACAGUGAAAGAAACCAUGUGUACUAGAUAAAAGUGUUCUCAACAUUACAUGUAUGUAAGACUAAGAUAAAGUAAUUGAAUAAAUCUUUUGCAUAUUUCUUCCCAAUGUAAGUAAACAGGCAUAAUUUCUGUUCACUGAGUUGACAUAAUUAAGGUACCUUAACUGUCUUUGAACAUUUUUUCAGGGAAAUAUGAUAAGAACUUGAUAAACUUGGUCUGUGUACUUUUAUAUGAAUUUAUUUUCUUUAAGUCAGAAAAUAUUUUAUGUUAGUGUUUAUAGUUUCCUUGAAACUUGAAAAUUUAUGAACACAGUAUAUGUACAUUUAAUAAACUCCGAUUGUCUUUGAACUCUUGCAGAGAUGAUUUUGUUAAUGACAAAAAGUCUUAUUUUAUUUUGUUGCCAUGACAACAAUGGUUACAAUUCUGUACAUUUCUAAAAAAAAAUUCAAUACAUUUAAUUUUUAGAAAAAAAAAGUGUAUAAUUAAGUCAUUGCUUUUCCUUGGUUUUAAAUUUGAAGUUCAGAUUAAAUGUCAUAGAAAA